ACACAUACUCGGACAGCAGAGGCGCGGAAAUGAGAGCAGAUUGGACAUUUCUGCUUGUCUGUUUGCUGCUUCCUGUUGUCAGAAGCACAUUGUCAAAGACUGAUGCCAAAAAAGCCAGUAAGGUUCAGGAGGCAGAGAGCUCAGUGGCGGAACGUCCUGCACAGGAUCGGGGUCUGGUGGUGACGGACCCUCAGUGGAGGGACAUCGUGAGAGAAGAGAAAAGGUUCUGUCAUCAGUGCAUCAAUACAAGGCAAUUUAAAGGCGCAGUGCUGGGAUACAUCACACCUUGGAAUUCUCAUGGAUAUGACAUCGCUAAGCUGUUUGGCCCCAAGCUGACGUCUGUGUCUCCGGUGUGGCUCCAGCUGAGACGGAGGGGACCAGAGAGCUUCCACAUUACCGGCCUGCAUGACCACGACCCUGGUUGGGUCAAAGCUGUGAGGAAAGCCAAUAAGAAAAACAAAAUGCUUCCUCGGCUGCUAUUUGAUGGAUGGUCGUAUCAGGAUUAUAUGAGUGUUCUGGACAGCGAGGACGAGAUGGAGGAGUUGGGUCGAGAGGCGCUGGAGGUGGCUAAGGCUGAAGGAUUUGAUGGAUACACACUGGAGUUAUGGAGUCAGCUUGGAGGAAACAAAAGAAAAGAGCUGGUGCACCUGGUCACUCACCUGUGUGAGACUCUGAAUGCUGGGAAAUUGACCUGUGUGCUGGUCAUCCCUCCAUCAGUCGCACCGGGCACUGGUCAGCCGGGCAUGUUUGGACGGGAUGAUUUUGAGAAACUGGCACCGGUGGUGGACGCCUUCAGUCUGAUGACCUACGAUUACUCAGGACCCGGCAGGCCAGGUCCAAGCGCUCCGCUGCCGUGGGUCAGAGAGUGUGUCCUUCAGCUCGCUCCCGAGAACCAGUGGAGACACAAAAUCCUGCUGGGAGUCAACAUGUACGGACUGGACUUCAGCAGCCAUGGCGGAGCGGAGCCACUGCUGGGUGCCAGGUAUAUUGAGCUGCUGAAGGAAGUGAAACCCAAACUGCAGUGGGACGAAAAUACCGGAGAACAUUUCUUCAAUUAUAAAAGGAAUAAUGGAGUAAAGCAUGUCGUUUACUACCCCACUUUAAAGUUUCUCCAGCUUCGUAUCUCUUUGGCAGCAGAAUUGGGAACGGGAAUUUCCAUGUGGGAAUUGGGUCAAGGACUGGAUUAUUUCUACGAUCUUUUGUGACCUGAUCUCCAUCUUCCAAAUAAUAAAGUGUGAUUUAUCAGAGCACUUCAGAUAUUUAUGACCAAUUCAGUUGUUGAGCAUGCCAAUAAAAUUAUUUUUAAUUA